GAUGACAAGUGGACGUGUCUGCGACUCGUGCGCCCAGACUUGAGAGUUUGUGGACUGGGGCGCUGCAACCCGGCACCGGCAGUGGGAGCGGCACGGCGAAAGCUUUUGGCGAUGCAGGCGCGCGCGCUUCCCCCGUGCCUGCCGGGCGCCGGGCUCUCAGCCGGCACCGUCGGCAAGAGGGCUCCCGCGGUCCGCGUCCGAGCCGUCGAUGGGCCUUCCGCGGCAGCCGCCGUCGCGGACCUCCCGCCGGCGGAGGUCACCUGGCAGAUCGUCGUCGGCGCCGUAGCUGGAGUGACGCCCUUCGUCGUUGCAGGCGUCGAGUUCGGCAAAAGAAUUAUUGAGCAAAAGAAAUGCGAGGUCUGCGGAGGGUCUGGCCUUGUGAUGAAGAACGAUCUGUAUGUCCGAUGCCAAGGGUGUGGUGGUUUUCUGCCAUGGCAAUCGUGGAGGAGAUUCUUCAAAGGCUGAGAAUCAUCUGGUGGCUCCUCGAUCUUAUGGGCAAUGGUGGAAUUUCUAGUAGUAUAAGGGGAGACCUUCAGACGGUAGAGUUGCUUAUACAUAGUUUGGACUAGAAAUAGCCAAAUACCAAUAACGGAAGUGUAUCCUGUUGAGUAAAAUUGGGCGUCCUGCAAUGGCUCCCGCUCCAAACAAAUAUAGUGCUAUUCUGGCCACUGGCAUUGAGCUUAUCCACUGUGCAAUGUGACGA